AUGGCUGUCUUAAAGCGUCAGAACUCCCAACCUUCUGAGAUACAUGCACGCGCUCGCAGGGCCAGGUUACCACGCGAUCUCACUGCCCGUUCAACAAUUGCCCCAACAGAGGUAUCCGUGGGCGUUGAAGCAGCCCCGUCCACAUCAACUGCAGCAGCCCCGAACCACCGUCAUGACAGACUGAGUGCGGCUGAGAAGGGAAUAACGGCUGCCAUUGUGAUCGUCGCCGUGUUGAUUCUCGGGCUCCUCGCUUGGAAGAUCGGGAAAUGGAGACGGCAGAAAUCCCGCGCAGCGUCCAACUCAAUCAACAUCUCAUUGAUGGCGAAAAAGCAGGGCGGAAAGGCCAUCCACAUCGACUUCGACAGUGACGGACGUGUAAUGGAGAAACCCACCAUGCACGUCGCUCUACCUGCAGUACCUCCAGCGAGCGCAAAGCAGACAUCGAUGAGCGCUAGCAAGCCGUGGAUGCAUGUCCUCGCAAGCGCUCUACCGACUUUCCCAGGGUCGACAACACGCCCACGUGAUGAACGCGACGAGCGCUCUCCCCCACCGUCCUACAGCGUCUUCGCGAACGGCGCUGCGAGUCCCCCUUCAUCUCACCGCGUCCAACCACCUUCUCUCGAUAUUCCAACAAAACAUGACUCGGCACGUGUCGUCGUACCGAGCCCGCGCUCCGCCUCGUACGGUGUCGAUUCACCAUUGUACAAGGCUCCGCUGCUCACUGGUGUUCGGCCGAAAUCCUUACUCGUUAGCAAGCCUCUGCCCCGUGUGAUGGUGGUCCAAAACACCUUCAAGCCAUCGUUACCGGACGAGCUCCUGAUUAUGAUCGGCGAGAAGCUGAAGUUACUGGAGGAGUACGAGGAUGAAUGGUGUCUGGUCGAGAGGGAAGGCUCGAAGGGAGUUGUCCCUCGUUUCUGCCUGAGCGAACAAGCAUAGAGAUAUUACUCGCUUCGUAGUCUUCGCUCGCCUUUUAAUGCCCUGGUGUGUUCUACUCUCCACACCUGCCACUCUUUACAUUCACGCCAUAUUUAUUAU